GAGGAGGAGGAGGAAGUGGUGGAAGAGGAGGAAGAGGAGGUGGUGGGCAAGUGAGGGUGGUAGCGGCGGGAGAGAGGAGUGACGCGGGUGACCGCACGAGAAAUCGGAGCUCCCGGUGAAGUGACAUUUGUUUUCGCUUCCCUCGACCUGGCAUCUCACGAUCGCGAGAGGGAUAAAGGGCUCUUGCCUCCCGCCCCCCUCCCCUCCCUGCCCUUUCCCUCUGUGUCCUCGCGCGAUCGCCUCGUGUUCCGACUCGAGCGACGAAUGACGAAUUCGGAAGGGCCAGGUAACGAUCCGGCUCGUUAGGGAAAAUCGGAGUCGUAGGCGGGGCCUAAGGUCGGUGGACACGUGACGCGGAAACUGUCACGCCGCCCUUGCCCUCCCUUCAUUCUCCCCCCUCCACGCGACCGAAAUCCUGCAGCGGCGACCGACCCACACGCUUUUACCGUGAGCGAACGUGUGUCGUCCACGAACGGACGACGCCCGGUCUGAGAUUCGCACGCGUGUGUGCGUGUACGUGCGCGUGUACGAGGGUAUCCACGCGGAAUUGCAUCGGGAAAUCCCACAAUGUGGGGUUAAGACGAUCACGAAUGCUCCGGAGGAUUAUGCGUCAGCUAUGAAUUUGCAGCGUGCACCGAAUGCAAUCCUCGUGCCGAAUGCGACGCUCUGACGGAAUUCUCUCGCAUCCUGCACGGAGAGUGCGACGCGAUAUUCUCGCAGCGGGAUAGAGAAUGCUCUUGCCGCCUGUUCCCUACGUGGCUGAGCCAUUUCGGGAUUUAAGUAAUUUCUGCGAUUAAAUAAUGCGCAUCCGAUUCUAUUGUCGAUCGUCCACUACAGUGUUUUUCGCCUCGUUUUGUUUGUGCAAUUUCGCAGAUAACCGACAAGCAAUUUUUUCGGCCGACAAUCACAGCCCGACGACCGUAUCACCAAUUCGCAGGGCGAUGACACCGUCGUGGUCGUACGAGGAACGCCACCGCGGCAUCGAGUCGGUGUGAACCUCCCGAGAAUGCAGCAGGCCAGCGUAGGUGGCUGCAACGAGGACUCCGGCACGACGAGUCCCCCAGCGAGAUCGCCGAUCGGUUUCGCGAUCAAGAGCGAACCCGGCGUAGACAGGAACGACGGUGUAAAGGUUAAAGUCGAGAUGCCCGAGCCUACGGAGGCCGGCGUCGAGGUCAAAGGUGAGCCUCGGGAGGAUUAUCAGCGGCAACAGCUGAACAACGACGGUUAUCACUACGGCGACAAGAAGCCGGGAUACGUUUUGGACGCUCCAGGACAACUACCGUCAGCACUGCCGCCACCGCCGCCACCUCAUCAGGGAUACCGUCCCGUGGGAUUACCCAACUCUUUUGGCUUCCCUUCUUUUUACGGGCAUCAUCAUCCGGCCAUGAUGCCGGCGUCGUUCCCGACCGGACGUCCGUCGCCGGAUGGGCCGAUCGGCAAGAUUGGCGAUGGCCACGAACAGACGACGCCGUCGCACAUUGAUCGACACGCGGCCGCCGCUGCCGCCGCUUACGGCAGAUUGCCACCGAUUCCCAAUGACGGCUUCCUGCACGAGCCUCCCCAUCAUCACCGCUUUGACGCCGGCGACUUCCAGCACAGUAUGCCGUACCCGGGUUUCCGGCCUACCAUGCGUUCUUACAGCAAUCAUCAGAACAACAGCGCCUACAGCAGAAGCGGCCACUAUCACCCGGCUAGACAGCGCAAGUGGAGCAGUUCCGCGUUCCGCGGACUUCAUCCACCGAUGCCCUGGCCUACAUGGUUUUUCCGCCCAGAUCUUCCGCUUGGCACAUCGCUACCAACGAGUCACGUUCCAAAUUCGAGUAACGUUCCUACUUCGUCGCCUCUGCCAUCUCGGACGCAUCUGGAUGCUCCGAAAGGGCCGGAGCCUCCUUCCAACAGCAACAAAGUCCAUGGACAGACGCCAACGAUAUGCACAUCCAUCCGCUGCACGGUGAACGGCUGCUCCUGCGACUCCUUCACACCCGGGAAACGUCAUCUGCGCUACUGCGAGAGCUGCCAUCACGGAUGGGUGCCUCACGCGCUGGCGCGACUGUCAAGCAUCCACCAGCAACAGCAACAGCAACAGCAGCAGCAGCAGCAGCAGCAGCAUGCUCAACAACAACAGCAGCGGUUGGGUGGUGGUGCAUCAGGUAGUGGGGAUGUCGUCUCCGGCCCUCGUUCCGCUAGUAGGGAGGACAAAAGCGUAGUAGGGAGGGUAAAACACCCGGCAUCGGUGACGACGACGACGACGGCGACGACGACGGCGACGACGACGACGACGGCGGUGGCGGCAACGACGACGAUGACGACGACGACGACAACGACGACGACAACAACGACGAUGACGGCACCCGCGACUGGUAGUGCAGGAAGUGAAGGAGGGGGAGGUAGCGGUGGUGGAGGUGACGGCGGCGGCGGAGGUGGCGGUAGUGGUGGUGGCAGUGAUAGUGGUAGUGGUGGCGGCAGUACCCCCGGUGGGGAUCGUAACGGCGGCGGUGGUGGUGGAGGUGGUUGUGCCGGUGGUGGUGGCGAAGUUGCGGAGAAGGAGGAGAGGCCACCGGCUUCAGAGACUGUCGAGCCGACGGCCGCGUUUGACGUCGCAUCCCUCGUACUCUACGGCUCGCGCGCACUGCCGAUACGCCUUAAGAUCUUGCUCGAUCAGUUGUUCAACCAGUUGCCCCCCGCGCAAGUGACACGUAUCCUAGCUGCCUUCGGUUGGACCCACGAGGAUUACACGCGAGGAUACAUACUGCAGGACUCGCAGAACGGCCCGGUGCUGGACCGAUGGAGUAUCUGCUCGGCUGAGGAGGAACCGCUGGUCCUGCAGCAGUUCCUCAGGUUCGCCGAGACGCGUCCGUUUGUGCAGCAGCUGCUGCUGGCCGCCGGAACGCCGGGUACGGAUGCUAUGUCACCGAGCAGACGACCUUCGCCACCGACGAUGCCACUAGCACAUCUGCCGCCCCCGUUGCACAUGCUCCAUUGUGGCUUACCGCCACCAGGUUCCCGGCUACCACACCCAUUACCACCUCCACCGCCGCCGCCAUCGUCGUCGUCGUCGAUCUCGCAUCCCUCGAUGUCGCCAACGGCACAGAAGCACUAUUCGACGGCGAAUCACCAUGGCAGUAUCACCAGUAGAGCGAACUCACCUCCGCGUUCCCUAGACUCGCAUCUAACGGUGUCGCCGUUGAAUCGACUACAGAGCAUGCAACCGUUCGACUUUCGGAAGCUGGGUACUCUCGGAUUGCCGGCGUUCCCACCGUUGCCGCCGCCACCGCCAUCCGCGGAACAACUUUUGCAAAAUCGAAAAUCCAUGAGAAAUCCACAGAGUCCCCACAGUCCGCCUCAUCAUUCAUCCGCGCAGUUGCAAAGGCCGCAUAUGCCGGUCGCCCCGGUCUCUUCGUCGGCGUUGACCUUCGGUCACCCGCUCUCGGUCGCGGUCUCCUCCGGCGCGGUCUCCUCCGGAGCGUUACCACCAAGCUUCCCGACGCACUUCCCGCCACCACCGAUGGGUAAAUCGCCCGGUGGCAUCGUCGGCGGGCUAACCAUGUCCGCGGACGUACAUAGCGGCGGUGAAAAGAGCAGCGAGUUUGGCUCGGAGGAAGACGAGGACGACGAAGAGAAUUCCGACAGCGCGUUGAACCUCAGCCGACGAGACUCUGCUAUGUCGAAACACGCAAUUUCCUGCGAGCAGCGGCAUCCACCGCCGUUAUCGCUUCAGGCCACGCCGUUGGGUAGGCCACCCGGUAUACCUGGCAGGAAACCGCACUCUCCUGGCAAGCGACCAGGCAGCCAAUGGAGCUCUGCCGCGAACAUGCCGCCGAAUCUCGGUACACCUUUCAUCAAUCCCACCACUGGCAAGAAACGCGUGCAGUGCAAUGUUUGCCUAAAAACCUUCUGCGACAAAGGUGCCCUAAAGAUACAUUUCAGCGCGGUACACUUGCGCGAGAUGCACCAAUGCACUGUGAAGGGUUGCAGCAUGAUGUUCAGCUCGCGCAGGUCGCGCAACCGACACAGCGCGAAUCCGAAUCCAAAGCUGCACUCGCCACAUUUGCGUCGCAAGAUCUCUCCACACGACGGUCGCUCGUCUAUGGCACACGCCUUGGUACUGCCGCCGCAGGUGGGACUCCCGGUACCCGCUACCGGACUGAAUCACCUGCCCUUUGGCUCCUUUCCGUUGCUCACGCCGCCGCCAGAUCUCCGUUCUCCGGCGUCGCUGUGCGCACUGGACUUUAAGCAUUUGGAUUUGUCAUCCACGCAAGCGGGCCAGGGUAGACCGUACGACGAAGCGUUGCAGCAGAGAAUGUCAGUGGGCACGUGUCUGUCGACGACCACAGCCUCGACGACGAUGCCAGUGCCGAUGUCGAGUGUCGCGGCGACUACGACCACGACGCCGGCGCGAGGUUCGUAUUCUGGUGGCGGUACGUCCAUCAGUGCAGUUUCGCCAUCCACCCAGGCAUCGUCCGUAAUACCGGAAGGUGAAGAGGACGACGAUGACGACGACGGUGGUAUUGUCGUGGUUGCGGAAGACGACACCAGCAAUCUACCGUCGAGGUUGCAACCGUUGCGUGCCGACGACGACGAGCAGCCGGCCGACUUCAGUCUGGCGAAGCGGCCGAAGCUCUACUUUGGUGAUACCGCCGACGAAGACCUCGCUAGCAAUCCCGACAGCAACGAGGACAACGAUUCGAUAAGCACGGUCGAUCAGCAGCCCUUCUCCGUGAACCAACAUUCGCUCAAUUCGAGUUCCUUCCACAACCGGGGUGUGCGCAAGAGAAAAUCCCAGCAUCCCACGAGGUGCGCUGUGCCGGCGGAAGUGCACUCCUCAUCUACCGAUGGCGAUUCCUCCAAUGACGAAGAGCAACGAAUUCAACGACGGUGUCUGUCGGAUGGUAUCGUUGCACCAAUAGCAGAAUUUCAAAAUCAGCCAGAGGACAUGUCGAUGUCCAGGCUUGAGGCGGAGGAACGAAAGAUGCUCCCUGGCUCGCCGAGAAACCAAAAAGGUGGCUUUCAUGAUCGCGAGUCAAACUCGCGCUCUCCAGACACCGGCAAUAGAGAGCGCGAGGCGACGGCUAGCAAUCGACGUGAUACCCUCUCCUCUCAAGACAACACAGAGGAGCUACCUCAGGACGAGCCGCGUGACUUAAGCUCGAGGGCGAGCUCGGUCAAAUCGCCAAAACGACAGAUCACCCCGGAACCAAAGAUCGACAACACGCCGUCGUCGAGCACAACGUCGAGCGGGGCAACAACUGCGGCGGCGGCGGCGGUGGCGACGACGACGUCGACGACAACGACGACGACGACGACGUCGAAAGACCCUGAUGCGACGUUGUCGGAGCAGAAAGAUCGACGAUUGAGCGCGGAAAGUGACGAGACGACGAGGACGAAAGACGAGACGAUCGCGAAAAAAGAAUCCGCCGAGGUGACGCAGGAGGAACGGAGGCCGACGAGCAACGAGGAGCACCAGGAGGACGAGGAGGACGACGAUGAUGAGCCCAUGGAGGAAGUCGAGGAGGAGGAUGAUGAGGAGGAAGAGGUGGACGACGCGCUGCGCAAUCAAGAAGGUGAGCGUCCCGAUGAUCCCCCCCGUGCCCCGAGCUCGGUCGACAGCCGUCCGACGACAGCCGACGACCUCUCCCACGACUCCUCGACCAACACUUUGCGUCAACUCGAGUCCUUGUCGCAGGGUCGAUGCGCGAUGCCGUACGCCGAGACGCAGCGGGUGGCUUCGAGGUCUGGCCGCGGCUCUACCAGCCCUAUCAGCCUCACGAACCACCAGGAGAUCACCAUGGACAACUCCUCACAUGGCUCUCGUUCAUCCAGCGCCUCACCCUCCACAGCGGCCAUGGAUACGGACAAUAGCCUGAUCACGUACGCACGUUACGAGAACGGUGGCUUCGUCAGCACCCAGGAAGUACCACUCGACCGUGAAAAUCCACGCCGUUGCACCGCCUGUGGCAAGGUCUUUCAGAAUCACUUUGGUGUCAAGACCCACUAUCAAAAUGUCCACCUCAAACUGAUGCAUCGCUGCAGCGUGGACGGCUGUAACGCGGCUUUCCCCUCGAAACGAUCUCGCGAUCGCCACUCGGCGAAUCUCAAUCUGCACCGAAAAUUGCUAUCGACCUCGUCGAGCCCGCCACUUUCCUCCAGCUUGCCGCCGAGUCUGUCGCCACGCGUGGAUGACCCUCACAAUCAGAUGAACCCGUUGCUGCACAACGAGUUUCUGGCAAGGUUGUAUGCGGAUGCUAGUAUCGGCGCGUUGGGCGCGUACCCCUUAGCACCCGGAUUGCCGUCCGCGGUUGACCUGGCGGCUCGGAUACCACCACCGCACCCGCUCUUGCUGCCGCCGCAUCUUGGUGCCACGUUCCCGGGUCUGUCCUCGUUCGCUUCUCACCUUGCCGGUCUGAACGGCCUCACUCAUCAGCAUUUGAAUCAUCUGACGAGACUGACCCAGGAACAGGGCAACAGGCACGCGUCCGUCUCAGGUUCGCCCGUGUCCUCGCCGGGCUCGGACGAUCGUAAGGAAGAAGCCAGAUGCACUGUACCCGGCUGCGAGCGCGUCUUCGGUUCCCGAGCUGUACGGGAUGCGCAUUCCAGAGACCCCCAGGCCCAUCGCGACCUGCCGAUCCUGUCUACCAGCAGCGGUUCGUGACCAAUCUCGUUCUGCGGUCGCGGACACGAUUAUUAUCCUUUACUGUGAUGCCAAAAUCCUAACUCGGCGAUUCAAUUUGACCGAUCGAUCACCGAUGAUCUCUUUUUGACUAGGAUCGGCAGACCUAGACGCGAUCUUCCCUACGAAUGAGGCACGCUCCGGUGUCCUAUUCGAACGUUCUAUUGGAACGUGCAUAAAAACGUGCAAUAUCGAGCAGAGUGUGUACGGAAUGAUCGACCAUCAACGUGGUCGACAUGAAGCGAUCUCGUUGAUCAGCGCCUGCCCAUGGAGUGAACGAGAGCCAGUUCCAAUGCGGUAAUAUUUGCCUGCCAGUUUUUCUUAUUUCUCAGAUUUAUACGUCAGAUCGCAACACGCGAGUUUGUUAGGCUAAUCUAGUCAAUUUGGAAAUCUCGAUUUCGCGCGUUGUCGCAAAUGACGGUAAAAGUCGCGCGUUGCCGCUUUAUCUUGCUCGAUUAAUCGAAUUAAAGUCGUGCAAAAAUUUAAAGAAUGCAAAUUUUGAAUUUGUAGCAAUGAUGAAGCAAUUAUUAAAUCAAGAGAAUUUUUAAAAACGCACACUUCUGAAAGUAAACUUUUUAAAAGGAAUGAAAGCAAUUGUAUGGAAUUUUUAUUUCAGCCAGAAUAUGUGCUUUAGCGACGUACGGAUUACGUAGCACAAAACGUUUAUACUCUUUUUUUGCUUUCUGAGUAAAAUUAGAUUUAGAAUUUUAAUGUAAAAUUGCAAAAUUUAAAAUCUACAUAAAUAUUUGAUUACUUAUGACAUCCAAGAGAAAAACGAAUUAUUUAUUAAUUUGAUGCAUAAUUUAUUUACUUAAUGUAUUAAUUUUAUGCUACUUCAAACAAAAAUUCUUAUUUCUACAUUUAAUUGACAUUUUAGAAUGUUAAUUAAAUGUAGAAAUAAGAAUUCCGCUUCCUUUAAUUACAAAGAAACAAUAUAAUGAAGGAUAGUAAUUUUUAAAUAACUUAUCUUCAUAAAAAAAAUUAUGUAAGAUUUGAGAAGUCAUGUAAAAAAAAAUUAAAAUUACUAAUUUUUAUUUUAUUGCAUUGUAUUGAAACUGGUUUCUUUAUGAAGUCUACUCGAUGAGAACACUGAAUUUUGAAAAAAAGAUUUUCGAUGACGUCUGAUUCUCUUGAUUUAAUUAAAGAUCGAGCGCAUAGUGUAGCGCGCGAAUGUACUCGUAAUAUAUCCCUUUCGUACUGUUAUGAAGAGUCGCAUUGUAAGCACUGGCUGGCGUAGAAGUUUAGGACUCGACUAAACUGCCUGACUUUGAAGAUCUCCACGUUCGCGUGGCGUGCGAUCAUUUCCACGAGCGCGACGCCAAGAAAUCAACGACGGAGCAUGGCGAACUGUUGAAUUCGCGAUAAAUCCGCGUGUCAAUUCGUCUGUCCGCGAUCGUCGGGAUUAAUUUAACAUAAUCAGGGGUGACAGAGAGAGGGUCGUCGGAGGGGGCGAGGACGAAGGACGAAAGCGUUAGAAGAGCGGACUGAAGGCGCGGUGCCCCCGAUCCCGAAGGGCUAAUUUCAUCGUCGUUGUGAUAACGUAACGUUAGCGAAUAACGCCACUAUUUAACCAGUAACCAAUUACUACCGCUGUAUAUAAUAAACAGACAUAGUACCUUUCGGUGUAAAUGCGUAACUAUAUCGUGACUAAGUUGUACCAACGCGCGCCCGACGCGACGCGGUUAACGACGAUUAGUUUUGUAAAUGUGAGGAGGGGGAGAGCCGAUGCACUUUGCCGAGAGGGAAGAGAAGAAGGAGAGCGACGCGUGUCACGUCGCGACGACGGCAGCUAGAAGGAAAUGCAAUCUUAGUUUAAGGAGAGGGAUCUGCACCCUCGAGAGCUCGAAGGCUGAAGAGAUGGGGACGGUCGGGCGUUCGGCACGGAUAUAGACGAGUGGAUCGACCAGCAAAUCAAAGCGACGGCGUCUCGCGCUAGGUAAAUGAGAAUAGAUAGAUUUUAUUUAUUGUUCCCUAGGAAUCCCAUACACGAAACAUACAUGCAUACAGCACACAAAACACACACAUACAUGUAUACAUCGAAACACUGUACCCGAGCGGCCAGUAGCGGGCACUGCCGCGAGUAACUUCCUCCUCUAGGACUUGUAAAAUCGCGUUGUCGUUUUUACGUGGCGAAUCAAUUGGCGCCGGAGGUUCGCUCUCAUCGUUACGUUGUUGAAGAAGAAAAUCAUCCGGCAUCAAUUCCGAAAUCGAACGAGAGCGCGAACUUCUCCCAUGAGACGAUUUGGUUGUACAUAUAUACUUUAUUUUCGUAUCUAUACAUAUAUAAAUAAAUAUAAAUAAAUGAAUAUAUAUAUAAAUAUAUAUAUAUAAAUAUAAUUUGGCGGUGCGCAUCGAUGUCGCGGCGCGCACGAAAUGUUCUUCGGGAACGUACGCCUACGCGUAAAAACAGACGCGCAGCGCGUUUUUCUACGAGCCUUCGAUCCUACGUUUUUGCAUUUCCGCCUCCCAAGAGAGCGAGCGAAGUUCCCUCUUUUCCCGCGACACACACGACGAAACCCUACUACUAUUACGCAUUAAGUGCGAGCGAGAUUUACAAUUGUAAUUAUGUAUAAACCGAAUGCUACGAUGUAUAUUAUAGAUCGAUUAUAAAGAACACACUCAUCAUUAUGAAAAUAAAUACCUAUCAAAAUUAA